GCCGUGAACCAAGAUAAAUGUUGGAAAGAAUUUAAGAAUGCAGUGACCUAUGAUGAUGUGCAUGUUGACUUCACUUGGGAAGAGUGGAAGUUGCUGGAUCCUUCACAAAGGAAUCUCUACAAAGAGGUGAUGCUGGAGACCUACAGGAACCUCAUUACUAUAGGAUACAGUUGGGAAGACCAUAAUAUUGAAGAACGUUGUCAAAGUUCCAGAAUUCAUGGAAGAUCCUCCUUGAGAGUAAAGUGCGUUCCCAUCAAGCCAACACAGCAUACAGUCCAGGCCCUGCCUCCUAGAUGACGAAAGCUCAGAGGGGAUAACAGAUCUUGCAGCAGCACAGGAGGUACUGAAUUUUUCACAUGUAAUUUGGAUGCUAAAUCAGCCACAAAAAUGAAACGGGCACAGCCCCUAUCAACCAUUAAUAAGAAAUUGACAAGUGUUCCAGAAUUACCUUAUAAAAAAGGACUACUCAACUCAUCGCCUAAGCCAAAAGAAAAACGUAAUGCCAAGUCACAAUAUGAUAAGAUCGAACCAAUGGUCCUAAGGUCUCCACCCACAGGAGAAUCAGUUGUACGUUAUGCCUUGCCAAUACCAUCAAGUAAGACAAAGGAAUUAAUAGCAGAAGAUGAAAUGGUCAGGAGGAUUACCAAACACCUGAAGAUGGUUGUUACUGCUUUGGAAAAUACAUAUGGAACUGUGGAUGAAGAUGGAGAAAAAACACUGACGAAACCUAAAGAGGAAGGCAUAUCUUUAUCAGUUGGUGAUGAUAUGAAUGCAUUCUUGCAGUACUGUUCACAAUUUGCAGCUCAGAUGGAGGAAGCAGUUAAGGAAGAACGUAACAUUUUGGAGUCUCUUUUCAAGUGGUUUCAGCAACAAGUCAACCAAAUAGAGGAGAUAGGUAAAGAACAAAGCGUUUUAGAAGGAGAUCUCCCAUCAGAUGAAAAAACGCUCAAAUUGAACAUCGCACAAAUAGUAAAACUGAUACAUAGAUUUGAAGAUCUGAAAACUCGCUUGAAAGGGCGCAAGGGAUCCCUGCUGUCUAAGCAUGCGGAAAAAGACACGCUACCAGGUUCAAUGAGAAGUUACGAAGCUAUGGAGAAGCAAAUCGAAGAAUUCAUAAAAUCUCACUCAGCUUACAAAUCUCAAGUUGCUUCUGAAACUGAGCCAGAAGCUCCUUAUUCAGUGACUAAACGGAUGAACGUGAUGAUGAAAAUAUUUGAAAAUCAGACAAAUAUGUUAGAGAGAGCUUUAAAUGAUCAGAGUAUAGCUGAGGCUAAAUAUAAACAGAUGGAAACUGAUUUUCAGAUGUUAUUAUUGGAGAAAACUCUACUGGAGAGUGAAAUACAGAGGAUGAGAGAGUCAGAGAAAGCAAAGCCAUCAGGUAAAGAAGAUCGAACCAAGAGAUCCACAAGGCCAGAAAAGAAAAAAGAGAAAGAUUCAGAAAGGAAGUCUCCAAGCAGAGAACUUGAUCUGGUUCAAAUCCAAGCAGAAGAGCUGAAGAUGGAGAAGAAAGCCCUUCAGGAGCAACUGAAAUGGGCUUUGCAGGAAGCUGAAAAAAACAAGAACCAACUCGAAUACGUCCUACAGCAUGAGAUGGAGACGCUUAAAGACGAGAGGAGUAAAACAAAAGUGGAACGGGGUAUUAGUAGAUCGAAGGUUAUGCGUGAGGAUUCCAAAUAUUCCCAAUCAAUGGAGAAAGAUGCCCAGCUGGGUAGACAACAGCAGAACUAUGACCAGGUGCCACCUGAGAAAAGCAAAAGCUUGGAGAAGACACAGCCUAGCGCUCCUGUUGUAGGCCCUUUAGCGGGUCACGAUGGUGUCCCAGGCGUGCCAGCAUUCCCACCAGAGAUCUUUAAGUCAUUCACAGCAUUGCCUCUUAUUGAAGAGUGCCUAGAAUUAGACUCGACUGAGCCGAAGGAAACAGAGAUGUGGUCCCUGGUGUCCUUUCCUAAUCUCGCUGAAGAAAUGGAGAAGGCUGAAGCAUCAGAACACAUCCUUUCUCACACAGAAGCAGAACAAGUUGAAGUUUCUUCUAAAAUGCCAAAUGAAAUUAUUGCACCAGAAGAUUUGCUACCAGAAGCCCCAGUAACGACAGUGAGGCAACUCUACAGCCAAGGGAGACGCAAACCACUUUUUAUUACCACAAAACCACCUGAACAAUUGAGUUUAUUUUCAAGAACACAAUCUGAAAUUGAGAAUCUUGAAGCCAUCAGAUAUGAGAACGUGAUCACUGAAUAUGAAGAACAAGAUAAAAAGUUUGGCAGAGAAGACUCAAUAACAGACAUAAAGCCAAAGGAACAGAAAGGUUCUAAGACUGGGAGAUUAUAUUUACAUACUCAUGAGGAGGAAUCAGAAAGGAUGGUCUUUGAAGAAUCAGCAAAAGCCAAAGUUCCAGCAAAGAAACUAGAUGUUUCUAAAGGAAAAGCACUUGCUCGAGAUGAAGGAGCACUCAGCCCUGAGAUUCAAGGUUCGCUAUCAAAAGCAGACGUGCAAACAAAGAAACAGAAAAUGUACAAAAGAGAAAGAUUCCCUGCCUCUCACGAAGUGCCAGACAGAAGUUUUGAACAUCAAGACUCCAACUUGAUAUUUGAGAUCCAGGCAAAGAAGCUAAGAAUUUUCAAACCAGAAAGUGUUCACAGUGAAGUAUCAGAUAAGAACAUCAGACUGGAAGAUCAAAAAACACAGUCAAGCUCCCAAGUCCAGUUAAAGAAGCAAAAAUCACUGGGAGGGGAAAUAUUUACUAUUCAUUUUGCAGCGCCGGAUGAUGUCUCUUCUCAUUUGCAUCAAGAGUCCUCAUUAGAAUUCCAGGCCCAAGCAGAGAGAGGAACAACUUCUGAGGAUGCGCAAUUUGGCCCCGUUCCUGUAGAAUACCAGAAAAAGGAUGGAUCAGCGGACAAUCUAGUUCCUGAGAAGAAACUUAUAACCAGAAGCCCAACUCAGAACAAGAAAUAUGCCUCUCCUCAGGAGGAAAGUGCAGAGAAUGAAAAUGUCAACAGAUUCUUUACAAAUGAAGACCUAAAAUUACAAUUCUUGGAUCAAAAAAGACGGAAAGCUGAGACCAAGUCCGUCACAGACGUUCAGGAGUCAUCCGAACCACCAACAACACUAAACCCAAUGAUUAGUGAGAUCAUAUUUCGCUUGGAUAUGGACAGAAUGAUUGAGAAUGACCUACAAAACAUGAAGAAGACCUUUGAACAACAUUUAUUAAAAAGUGAAUUCAAGGCACGCUCCAAGACUGGACUUGAGAUGAAAAGCAUACCUUCAAGACCCAAACCAAAGGAGCCAGUGAAAACGGGAUGGCGUAAGCAGGAUGACAACCUAAAUAUUAUUAAAGGAACAAAACUUCUGGAGACACCGAGUGACCAACACAAUAUGAGUUUAUCUCCAAGGAAAGAUAUUACUCCAGGUUUGAGUUCAAUGAAAACCAAACCUCAGGAAAAUGUUAAUGCCAAGUACCACCCACCAAAGACAUUUCCAACAAAAGUGAUCAAUUUGUUACCCUUCACCAGUGAAGAGGCAAACGUGGAAAGCUCUACACCGUAUGAGAAUGUAAUUCCAAAGCCACUCUAUAGGACAUCUAGGGGAAGUUCCGCCAUACCCACAACCUUGCAGCAAUUACUAAACAGGAAGAUCUCAGGGGCUCCAAAACCAAACGAUGUAAACAAGCAAAACACUGAACUUGAAAAUCAGCUGCGUGUUUCGGUCACAUCUCCAAAGAAAUAUGUGCAUAAAGGGGUGUCUAAAACGCGAAAGUUAAGAAAAAAAGGAGUUGAGUCUCGGAGAAACCUUCACACUUCGACAUCUUCCAUCAAGAAGCGGAAGCUUAAAGAACAGCAUAACCCUGUAACGUCAAUUGAAAGAAGUGAUGAACUUCCAAACAAUAUGAAGACGCUUGCCUCUGCUCCAAAAAUCAAAGUCCUUAAAGAGCUGUCCAAAACUUCACUUUCUAAUAACCUGCGCAAGUCAAGGUCUGCUGCCAAGAAACUCGAGUUUGGAGAGCAACCACCACCUGUAAACUUAAAUGACGAAGACGCCAUAAUUUACUAUAAUUUGCAUGGUUCCACCUCUGCUACUAACAAAGACCUCACUGCAGAGCUGUCUAAAACAACUCAUUUCUAUGAAGUCGGUCAGCGUUCCAGUGCUGUGCACAUGUCCAUGUCUGCUGUAAGGAAACGUAAAAGCAAAGAGAAAUCUAAAACUACAAAUUUAGAGAAGGAAUAUGCUGAAGUCGAAAAUAGUCUGCAGAUACCAAAUUUGGCUGCUUCAAUAAGUGAGCUGAAAGAGCCAUGUAAAUCAGGUAACUUACACGAGAAUGCUGAUGAAGAGACCAAUCUCCUGCACAUGUCAACCUCCGCUUUAAUGAGAUAUUUGAUUAAAGAGGCAUCUAAAACUAGUAGCUUAAAGAAGGAAGUAGUCAAAGGAUCACGCCUUCUGCACAAAUCAACCUCUUCUGUGAAGAAGCGUUUGCACAAAGACAAGUCCAAGACUAAAAAGCUAGGCAAGAACAUUGGUGAAGGUACAUCCAUGCUGCGCACAUCCACCACUGCUAAGAAGAAGCGAGUACUCAAAGAUCACUCUAAAACCAGUAAUUUAGAAAAGCAGAUUAUUAAAGGGACAGGUAUUCUGCGCAAGUCAGCCUCAAAGAAACGUGUGCCCAAAGGUCUGUUUAAGUCUACAAACAUAGGCAGUAAAGGUGCUCAACCUGUAAGCAGUCUUCACACUUCAACUUCAACUACCAAGAAGAAUGUGCUUAAAGGGCAACCUAAACCUACAACAUUAGGCAAGAAAGGUGACCGUCUAAAUAAUCUGGUUCCUUCAACAUAUGCCUCCAGUAAGAGCAGCCUCAAAGGGCAAAGUAAGCCUGUAAACAUGGACAAGAAAGUUGCUUAUGGUCCUUAUAGUCUGGACACUUCAAUAUCCUCCAUAAAGAAACAUAUGCUAAAAGGACAGUCUAAGUCCGAAAACUCAGAUGAAAAGGAUUUUAAACUUCUAGAUAAUCCGCAACCUUCUGCCUCUGCUACAAGGAAGCAUCUUCUUAAAGAAUUAAGUACCAUUCUGUGAAAGUAUGCCGUAUAUCCAUACUUGAGAGAAAGAAUCCCAAGGAUGAGCACCAGGAAGUUCAAGGACACAGGGAGGCAAAGCGCCACUGGGAACCCACGUGUGGGAAGCCUUGUGAGCAGACGUGCAUAUGGAACAGCAGUGCAGAAGGCCCCUGACGGACAGGGUAGGACCAGACCGUGAGAGUCCUUCAGGGGCAGCAGAACUCCUGUCACUCUUAGAAACACUAAAACAGCUUGAAACAUUGAAACAGUCUAAGACCGCCCUCUUGUGGCUGACUUCCAACUUGCGCUGCCUAGCUAAGAUUCCUGCAGUACCUUCUGGCGUGGUGUAAAGGUAAUUAAACGACAUUUGUGCUC